GGACAGACGAAGUGGCGCGCGACUCGACUCGCCUUUGGACAAGUCAUCAGCCUGCCGCCCAGACAGAUGGAGGAGGUGAAGCCCAAGGGCAUCUUGAAGAACGCUCGCUCGUUCAGCCGUCCUGUCCCGGGACUGAGCAACCAGGAUGGCGAGGAUCAGGAGAGCCGCAUGCAAGAUCUCGUCUCGCCCGCUGAUUCUACCCCGCCAGCGUUGUCACCCUCUGCGCCCUCGUCCAGCCGUCCUGCGCCUGUCUCUGGGGAUCGCUCGCAUCUGACAUGGGAUGAAGCCAAUCUCAACUUGAACGAGCUCAGCAAGGAGGCGACCAUGAAGAUCACCGAGCCAAAGACGCCGUAUGUGCGCUACAAUCCAGAGACGGACGAAGUCAUGGAUCUCGACAAGAUUCCCGGCUUCGAGUUGGGCAGACCGGACCCAGACGCGGCUGCCCUCUCUUCGCCACCCUCAUCGGCAGACACAUCCGCCAAUGAGCCCAGCUACUUCCCACCGACCAGCCCUUCCCGUUCUGCCGCGCUCCCCGUGCCGACCACGCCUUCGACUUCAUCUCAAUUCGCCCAGCAUGGACUCGGCCUCGAUGCCCGCCUAGCCAGUCAACUGAGGGAUCCGCACCCUGCCUCACCUGCACUCUCAUAUCAGUCUCAUGUAGCCACAGACGGAUCCAGGCGGUCGUCGUUCUCAAACGAGAGCGCUUACGUAGCCAGCACGCCCGUCAGUGCGCGACCCAACCCACUCGAACGACAAGGGUCCCAGCGUGAGUCCAGUCGGCGAACGAGCGAGGCAGGAUCGGAGAAGAAAGUCCAGGUCGUCGUGGGAGAGUCAGUCACCUCUCCCGGGCUAGAUCUGCCCCAGGGCAGAGCUCGUUCUGCUUCCUUCAGAACGGGCGAGUCGGGCGCCAUGCAAGGCGUGGGAGACGAUAGCGCGGUCGGCGACGAAGAGCUCACGGAAGAAGAGGCAGAGAAACAAGCCAAGUUUGCAAGCAAGCGUGACUCGCACUAUCGCAAUGAGGCUCUUGCCAUGCAGCGUGCAAAAGCUCUCCUCAGAGAAGUGCGUGCCCUCUGCUGAGCAUCACUAACUGUAUGUGCUGAUAGACCAGCAAACAGGACGAUGACGAUGCUGGUGCAGACGAAGAACUC